AUGGCCACAGGAGGAGGUCCUUUUGAAGAAGGCAUGAAUGAUCAGGAUUUACCAAACUGGAGCAGUGAGGGUGUUGAUGACCGACUCAACAACAUGGAGUGGGGUGGCCAACAGAAGAAGGCAAAUAGAUCAUCAGAAAAGAAUAAGAAAAAGUUUGGUGUAGAAAGUGAUAAAAGGGUAACUAAUGAUAUUUCUCCGGAGUCAUCGCCAGGAGUGGGAAGGCGAAGAACGGAGACUCCACAUACGUUUCCGCAUAGUAGAUACAUGACGCAGAUGUCUGUUCCCGAGCAGGCAGAAUUAGAGAAACUUAAACAGCGGAUAAACUUCAGUGAUUUAGAUCAGAGAAGCAUUGGAAGUGAUUCUCAAGGUAGAGCAACAGCUGCUAACAACAAACGUCAGCUUAGUGAAAACCGAAAGCCCUUCAACUUUUUGCCUAUGCAGAUUAAUACUAACAAGAGCAAAGAUGCUGCUGUAAAUCCUCAAAAGAGAGAAAUGAUUGGAUCAGCACAAUGUAAAGAGUUGUUUGCUUCUGCUUUAAGUAAUGACCUUUUGCAAAACUGUCAAGUCUCUGAAGAAGAUGGGAGAGGAGAGCCUGCAAUGGAGAGCAGCCAGAUUGUAAGCAGGCUUGUUCAGAUUCGUGACUAUAUUACUAAAGCUAGUUCCAUGCGGGAAGAUCUUGUAGAGAAAAAUGAAAGAUCUGCUAAUGUUGAACGCCUUACUCAUCUAAUAGAUCACCUUAAAGAACAAGAAAAGUCAUAUAUGAAAUUUCUCCAAAAAAUUCUUGCUAGAGAAAAUGAGGAGGAGGAUGUUCGGACUAUAGAUUCAGCUGUGGGAUCUGGUUCUGUAGCUGAGAGCACAUCGCUAAACAUAGAUGUGCAGUCUGAGGCUUCAGAUACCACGGAGGCAUCUUUUAGUCUGAGAAUUCGGCCGUGCAUUGAGGACAAACUAGGGAAUUCAGCUUCACAAGAACAGGUUUCAGACAUUGACGUUACAACAAGUCCAAAAGGGAAAGGUGACAGACCUCCUCAGAAUGACAGGGAACUGAGGCCUGAUAGGAAAUAUAGCCGAAAACGUGGAUUUCCCUCAAAGGCCAGAGAUCCUCAGCAGGAGCCUAUGGAAGAGAUAGAAAAUUUGAAGAAACAACAUGAUUUAUUAAAAAGGAUGUUACAGCAGCAGGAGCAGCUGAGAGCUCUGCAGGGACGACAAGCUGCUCUUCUUGCUCUGCAGCAUAAGGCAGAGCAAGCUAUUGCUGUGAUGGAUGAUUCUGAAAAGGUUGCAGGGACAACUCCUGGCCAUCAUACUGUACCAUGCAGACAGCCAGCUCGCUCUCCUUUUCAUCAGAGAGUACCCUUAAGAGUUGUAACAGAAACUACAGGUAGCCUAUCUGGAGUCAGUAUCACAUCUGAACUAAAUGAAGAAUUGAAUGAUUUAAUUCAGCGUUUUCAUAAUCAGCUUCGUGAUUCUCAGCCUCCAGCUGUUCCAGACAAUAGAAGACAAGCAGAAAGUCUUUCAUUAACUAGGGAGGUUUCUCAGAGCAGAAAUCCAUCAGUUUCAGAGCAUUUACCUGAUGAGAAAGUCCAGCUUUUUAGCAAAAUGAGAGUGUUACAAGAAAAGAAACAAAAAAUGGACAAGCUGCUUGGAGAGCUUCAUACACUUCGAGAUGAGCAUUUGAACAAUUCAUCAUCCUCCCCACAAAGGAGUGUGGAUCAGAGAAGUACAACCGCAGCUCCCUCUGCUCCUGUAGGCUUAACACCAGUUGUCAACGGAGAAUCCAGUAGCCUCACAUCAUCUGUUCCUUAUCCUGCUGCUUCUCUAGUUUCUCAGAAUCAGAGUGAAAAUGAAGGCCACCUAAAUCCAACUGAAAAACUCCAGAAGUUAAAUGAAGUUCGAAAGAGGUUGAAUGAGCUAAGAGAAUUAGUUCAUUAUUAUGAGCAAACAUCAGAUAUGAUGACAGAUGCUGUAAAUGAAAACACAAAAGAAGAAGAAACUGAAGAGUCAGAAUAUGAUUCCGAGCAUGAAAAUUCUGAACCUGUUACUAACAUUCGAAAUCCACAAGUAGCUGCCACCUGGAAUGAAGUAAAUAGUAAUUCUAAUGCACAGUGUGUUUCUAAUAAUAGAGAUGGGAGAUCAGUUAAUUCUAAUUGUGAAAUUAACAACAGAUCUGCUGCCAACAUAAGGGCUCUAAACAUGCCUCCUUCUUUAGCAGAUUGUCGAUACAAUAGAGAACGAGAAGAGGGGAUUCACGUUGCACAAGGUGAAGGUGAGGAGGAGGAGGAGGAAGAAGCAGAAGAUGAGGCAGUCAGUGGAGCGUCAUUAUCUAGUCAUCGGAGCAGUCUGGUUGAUGAGACGCCUGAAGAUGCUGAAUUUGAACAGAAGAUCAGCAGACUUAUGGCUGCAAAACAGAAACUUAGACAGUUACAAGAUCUUGUUGCAUUGGUGCAGGAUGAUGAUACAGCAGAUCAAGGAGUUAUCUCUGCCAAUACCUCAAAUUUGGAUGAUUUCUACCCAGUAGAAGACACCAAACAAAAUGCAAAUAACACUAGAGGAAAUACCAAUAAAACACAGAAAGAUGCUGGAGUACAUGAAAAGGCAAGAGAGAAAUUUUAUGAGGCUAAACUACAGCAGCAACAGAGAGAGCUCAAACAAUUGCAGGAAGAAAGAAAGAAACUGAUUGAGAUUCAAGAGAAAAUUCAAGCAUUGCAAAAGGCAUGUCCUGACCUACAGCUGUCAGCCACUAGUGCGGGUAAUUGUCCCACAAAAAAAUGUAUGCCAGCUGUUACUUCAACCCCAACUGUUAAUGAAAAUGAAGCCAGUACAAGCAGAUCUGCUUUUGAACCUGAUGAUUCUUCAGUGGUAGAUAAUGAGUUGUGGUCAGAAAUGCGAAGACACGAAAUGUUAAGGGAAGAGCUGCGACAGAGAAGAAAGCAGCUUGAAGCUUUGAUGGCUGAACAUCAGAGGAGGCAAGGUCUGGCUGAAACUACAUCUCCAGUGGCUGUUUCACUGAGAAGUGAUGGGUCUGAGAACCUGUGUACGCCUCAACAGAGUAGAACGGAAAAAACAAUGGCAACUUGGGGAGGUUCUACCCAGUGUGCACUAGAUGGAGAAGGAGAUGAAGAUGGUUACCUUUCUGAAGCAGUUGUUCAGACAGAUGAAGAUGAGGAGGAGGAGGAGCAAGACGCUGGCUCCCAUGAUAGCUUUUCCGUGUGUCCUCCUAGCAGCACAAAUCAUAACUCUUAUAAUGUAAAGGAAACUAAAAAUAGGUGGAAGAACAAUCGCCCUUUUUCAGCAGAUGGAAAUUAUCGUCCUUUAGCCAGGACAAGACAACAAAAUAUCAGCAUGCAGCGUCAGGAAAACCUUCGCUGGGUGUCAGAACUCUCUUAUGUAGAAGAGAAAGAACAGUGGCAAGAACAAAUCAAUCAGCUAAAGAAGCAACUUGAUUUCAGUGUCAAUAUUUGUCAGACUUUGAUGCAAGACCAACAGACUCUGUCUUGUCUGCUACAAACUCUUCUCACGGGCCCUUACAGUGUUAUGCCCAGCAAUGUUGCAUCUCCUCAAGUACACCUUAUAAUGCACCAGUUGAACCAGUGCUAUACCCAGCUAACAUGGCAACAGAAUAAUGUACAAAGGUUGAAGCAAAUGCUAAAUGAACUUAUGCGCCAACAAAAUCAUCCAGAAAAACCUGGAAGCAAGGAAAGAGUCAGUAGUGCAUCACACCCUCCUUCUCCCAGUUUAUUUUGUCCUUUCAGCUUUCCAGCACAGCCUGUAAAUCUGUUCAGCCUACCGGGGUUUACUAAUUUUUCAUCAUUUGCACCAGGUAUGAAUUUCAGCCCUUUAUUUCCUUCUAAUUUUGGAGAUUUUUCUCAAAAUAUUUCUACACCCACUGAACAGCAACAGCCAUUAGCCCAGAAUCUUUCAGGGAAAACAGAAUACAUGGCUUUUCCAAAACCUUUUGAAAGUAGUUCUUCUGUUGGAGCAGAAAAACAAAG